CUUCUAUGUAGCAGGGAAUUGAUAAUGUUGAGUGUUGUGCAAGAGGCAUUUGAGGUCUCUUUUCACAAGUGAUUUCUGAAGCAAGUUCUGCUUCCUUAUGUCUCAGUCCAUUCUGUCCUUGAGUUGCUCUGGCGUAGGAUUUAGCCUAGCAAAAAAGUAUUAUAAAAGGAAAUCUGAAUCUGGGUUAGCCUCCCUGCUUGAUUUAAGAAUGUAUUGAAUUACAUAUAGAAGGAAAAUGGCUCUAAGGAGAUUCUGCAACAAAAAACGUUUGAAUCAGAAAUCUAAGACCAAAAAACCUACCUAAUUCACUACAUCUUCAGAGCAUAGAGAACUGGGUACUGUGAUGUUUAAAUAUUCAUAUUGUGUAUAGAGGGCUUUCUGAACUACAGUGCUUCUCUGAACAGAAAUUACUCAUUUCCUUGCAGUUUAGAUGUUCAAUCUUCAUACCAGUUUAAAAAAAAAAUUCUGGACUCACUGAGAGAACACAUGAUGAAACUGUUCCAUCCCCAGUAAACUGGAAUGCUCUCCUUUUAUAUUAGAUUCAUUCUUUCCUAUGUCUCUUAUCAUUGAGGUGCUUGGGCCAGCCUAGAUCAAAAAUGUGCAUUUUUUUUCUCUGCUCUUUGAUUCUCUUUCCAUCAGACAUGCUCGAGAAGAGAGGGGGGCAGGAAAAUGCCUAUGUUCAGGUUAAAUCUGAUGCGUGUCUGUGAUUUAGAAGAUGCUUCUUGGUAGACAAUGGUGACCCUGGAGGGGGGUGGGCACCAUGUGUGGUCUUCAUUGUAAAUCUACCUUUUAUAGUUUUAUGUUCAGAAAAAAAAGAUGCCAAGAAAUUGCUCUGGCUUGAUUUCAGAGCAUGUUUAACCCUAAAGUUGGAGGCCCUUGUUGUUUGAUGCCUGCCUUAAUAAAACUGCCCCACACCCAGGAGGGUAAACCAUCGAACCAUAUGGCUGUUUUUGGUGUGGCUUCUGUAAUGAGUCGUGUUUUAUUCUUAUUUCCAGUGUGACAUGGGAUGGACACCUCAAAGGUAAGCAUUUCAAACAUAGUCCCGAAUCCUGUGGGGCACUCAGCCAACAACCACUAGAGUGCACUCACCAGAUUGGGCGGGAUAACAUUUCCAACAGUCCAGCUGUGCAUGCUCUGGGGGAGGAAUUUUUAGGCACAAAGUUUAGAGGGUGGAGCUGUUCCUGACUUCAGGAGGGAGGUCUGCUUGGAAAUCAGUGUCUGUGAGUCUCUGCAAAGUGUUUGCAGUCUGUGUGUGUCUGCAUACCCAUAUGAAGGGAUUUAUGAUCUGACUGGACAAAGUUUCAUUAUACUAGUGAAAUUUCCAAGCCCCUCUUCUACUUUGAAGUGUUUUUAAGAAUUCCUUCUGAAACACUCUUCCUGGAGGAAGAAAUGCCCCAUCACAGCGUUCUUCGCCUGGUCCUGCUGAUGCUCUCUGGAGUCGUGGUCCCUGCUGUUCUAACAGCAGAGUAUCCCCAAGGACCUGCCCCCACGCUGUGGAAUGAACCGCCGGAGCUGCCAUCGGGAGAGGGCCCCUUUGAUGCCGCCACCACCACGGGCCGCUUCUCGGACUCUACAGGCUUCCCCCCAUACACCUCGGAGUAUGAGCCUGAGGACACCACCCACCUGCACCCUCUGGAUGAUAACGGGUCUCUGGGUCCUGGAGCUAUCAGUGCCAUCGUAAUCGCUGCUCUCCUGGGCACGUCUGUGAUUGUGGCCCUGAUCGUCAUCACCCUGCGAAAAUUCUCUGCCUCCUGAACUGAA